AUGUCUUCUUCAAAAGAUCAUACAAAAGAAUAUGAUAUAAAAUUAUCAGACCUAGAAAAAGGUUCAUCAUCAAACAAAGAUGAAGAAUUAUAUUUUGGUGAACAAAGUGAAGGUUUCCAAAACACAACAACAUCCAAGAAACUUUCAUUCAUAAAUUCAAUAAGUCAUUUAAUUCGUGCUGAAACAAAAGGUAUUGAAAGAAUUGAAGAACAUGAAAGAAACCUCAAGGAAACUGUCUUAACUGCUGCUUCAAUGUGGUUUAGUGCAAAUAUGGUUAUUGCUGCAAUGGCUUUAGGUAUGCUUGGUGCAAAAAUGGGUCUUUCAUUCUGGGAAUCUGUCCUUACAAUCAUCUUUUUCAACAUGUUAGGUUUAAUACCAGUUGCAUUUUUUUCAAUGUUUGGACCAGAAUUUGGUCUUAGACAAAUGAUUUUAUCUCGUUUCCUUGUUGGUGAUUAUGGUUCAAGAUUAUUUGCAUUCAUUACUGCUAUUGCUUGUAUAGGUUGGGGUGCUGUUAAUAUCAUGGUUUCUGCACAAUUAUUAAAUAUGGUUAAUCAACCUCAUGAAUUACCACCAUGGGCUGGUUGCUUGAUCUUGGUUAUUAUGACUAUUGUUGUUUCAAUGUUUGGUUAUAAUGUUAUUCAUUUUUAUGAAAAAUGGUCAUGGAUCCCAAAUGUUGUUGUGUUUUUUGUAUUCAUUGCAAGAAUUAAAAUCUCGGGUAAUUUUGAUGCUGGUGAAUUUCAUUCAGGUGAAGCUACUGCUGGUGCUGUCUUAAGUUUUGGUGGUGCAAUUUUUGGGUUCGCCACUGGUUGGACAACUUACGCGGCAGAUUAUACCGUUUUCAUGAGAAAAGAUUAUCCAAAAUGGAAAAUUUUCUGGGGGUUAGUUAUUGGAUUAAUCACUCCUUUAUUAUUUACAAUGAUUAUUGGUGCAGCUGCAAUUACAGGUAUUCAAAAAUCUGAUGUUUGGGCUGAAUAUUAUGAAAAACAUCAAAAUGGUGGGUUAAUGUUUGCCAUCCUUGCAGUUGAUUCCCUUGGUGGAUUUGGUCAAUUUUGUGCAGUUAUCCUUGCCCUUUCCACAGUGGCAAAUAACAUUCCAAAUAUGUAUACUAUUGCCCUUUCAACCCAAGCAUUCUGGUCAGGUUUUGCAAAAGUUCCAAGAAUUGUAUGGACUAUAGUUGGUAAUUUCUUAACUUUAGCAAUUUGUAUUCCAGGUUAUUAUAAAUUUGAAGAUGUUAUGGAAAAUUUUAUGAAUAUGAUUGGUUAUUAUUUAGCUAUUUAUCAAGCAAUGACAUUGUCUGAACAUUUUUUUUAUAAGAAGGGUUUUAAAGGUUAUGAUAUCGAAGGAUAUAAUGAUAAAUCAAGAUAUCCAAUUGGUAUUGCUGCUAUCGUGGGGUUCCUUUUUGGUGUAUUGGGUACUUAUUUAGGUAUUGAUCAAAAUUGGGGUGUUGGACCAAUUGCUAAAUUGAUUAAUGCUGAUUCUUCAUUACCAGGUGGUGAUAUUGGAUUUGAAUUAGCUUUUGGAUUUGCAUUUAUUGGUUUCAAUAUUGUUCGUCCUUUAGAAAUUAAAUAUUUUGGUCGUUAA